CUUUCUGGACCCGUCCUUCAUCAAGAUGUCCAUUCAAUCAUUGCACUCAUCCCACCAUGACACGCUGACCCACAAUCUGGCCCCCAAUACGCUCUACCUGCUGUCCAUCUGACCUCACAUCUCGCCGUCGCAAAUCCGGGUAGCCAGAGGACGCCUCCAACACAAUGUCGGACUCAGAAAGCGCGCCGGCUGCAACCCAUCCUCCGGUUGGGGGUAAGACCCUACAAUCAAUCGAGAGACCGCGGUACAAGUCAUGGCGCAAAAAGUAUCGCAAGAUCCGACACAAGUUCGACAUGGUGCUGGAAGAGAACAAGCAGCUCUUCAGAGAGGAGUACAAAUUGUUCGGCACGGCCAAGAGGCUACGGGAGGAAUUGGAUGGCCUCCUCGACCUCUGCCUCGAUCUCAACCAGAACCCACACCUUCCUCCCGACCUCCGCUUUGACAUCUCCCACGAUCUUCACCCCCCCGACCACAGCCUAGUUGCGGCUGAUAUCACCCCUGAAGAGGCCGACAAGUUGAUUUCCGAAUACGAGUCAGCGGUGAGGAGUGCGCAGAUCCCCAUUCUAGAUCUUCACGUCGUCCGGCAACAAGUGAAUGAGCGUCUCGCCACGCAGGGCGCGGAAGCGCUUCACUCCCUGGAGAGCAGCGUGUCACAUCCCGUCGCCGGCGAUUUUCCGGACGACAUCAAAGGCAAUUAUCCCCACAACUUCCUCGACCCGGACCAGGAAAGCGAUUAUCUCAAGACUCUGGACGCCAAGCUCGCCGACAGCCUCGCGCAGGCCGACUCGGAGCAAGACGAGAAAGACAAGCAUUGGGCGGGCUGGACGGCGCGCGAGUUUGAACGGCAUAUGGAACUUCACAAUCCUCAAAGCCAGCACAGCUGGCUGAAGGAGCACGCCGCGGAGCACGCCAAGGGAGGACUUGACGAGGACUACUUCUAUCCGCCGAUCAACGAGCUUCCUGCCAAGCCGGCGUCGGCGAAGAAGCGAGCAGAGAAGGGCAAGACGCUGGCCAAGCAAGUCGGGGAUCGAGCGGUGGAGAGGAUGACGAGGGAGGGAUGGAGUCCGAGCGCUGCGAGUGGUAUGGACGAGGACGAGCUGGGGCGGGAUGAGGGGCUUGGGGGAAAGAAGAAAGGGAGAGGAGAUGCCGACGGGACGUUCAGGCUCAAAGGAGGCAAGGGCGGGAGUACCAAAGGGAAGAGGAAGAGGAGUGGAGAGGAGGGUGGCCGGGACGGCACACCCAGUGGGGGAGGGAAGAAGGCGAAGGUGGAAGUAGAGUGAGCCUUUCAGGCAAAGUGCUCUCAGUGGAAGAUCUGAGCAGUUUGGAGAGCUGCCUAGUCGCAGAGUCUUCUGUAGCCUUUCGAGUAUGAUCCGAGCUGUAUGUGUAUCAUGCCUCGCACACGCGCUUAUGCCACCGGCGUGCCGUGAUUGGUGAUCGGUGCCUGCCAUUUCGGGACGGACGGCUCGCGCUGGCCCG